CCUCCUCCUCCUCCUCCUCCGCCUCCGCCUCAAGGCACGCACGGACCCAUCCAUCCAUUGCAGUCGAGCCGCAGCAGCAGGUGCUGGGCUGGCUGGCUGAGGUCGGCCGGGUCGCCCCCACCUUCCCGAAAUCCCCUCGCGCACCAGAGAAAUUCUCCAGCCACCGCCACCCCCGCCGCGCCCAGCACCUCUCCCCCCACCCCCCUGCUUCCUCUCCACGCCGGAGCGACCUCGGCUUCACGCGGGAAGAGAUCCGGGCCCCGCGGCUCGGAUUCGGCCGCGCUGGAUUCCGCGGCCUCGGCCUCGAUUCGGCCGCAGGGCCCCCAAUCUGGUAUUAUGGUCAUGAAGAUGGAGAUGGAGGACGACGGCGCUGUCGGAGGAACUGGUGGGACAUGGACAGAGGAGGACCGAGCUCUCGGCGCUGCUGUCCUGGGAACAGAUGCCUUUGCAUAUUUGACAAAAGGCGGUGGUGCCAUAUCCGAGGGUCUUGUUGCGGCAUCUCUGCCAGAUGACUUGCAAAACAAACUCCAGGAGCUUGUUGAAUCAGAGGGCCCUGGUACUGGUUGGAAUUAUGCCAUCUUCUGGCAGCUUUCACGCACAAAGUCCGGUGACCUUGUCCUUGGAUGGGGGGAUGGCUCCUGCCGUGAGCCCCGAGAUGGAGAGGUGGGAGCUGCUGCUUCUGCAGGCAGUGAUGAUACCAAGCAGCUGAUGCGCAAGCGUGUGCUGCAGAGGUUGCACAUAGCAUUCGGGGUUGCGGAUGAGGAGGAUUAUGCCCCUGGUAUUGAUCAGGUGACAGAUACUGAGGUGUUCUUCCUAGCAUCUAUGUACUUUGCAUUCCCUCGUCGCGCUGGUGGCCCUGGCCAAGUAUUUGCAGCAGGCAUCCCCCUCUGGAUUCCCAAUAAUGAGCGCAAGGUAUUCCCAGCCAACUACUGCUACCGCGGGUUCCUUGCAAACGCGGCAGGAUUUAGGACUAUUGUGUUGGUGCCGUUUGAGAGUGGUGUUCUUGAACUGGGCUCAAUGCAGCACAUAGCUGAGAGUUCUGAUACUAUCCAGAACAUACGCUCUGUGUUCACAGGGGCAAGGGGUAAUAAGGCUGCAGUUCAGAGACAUGAGGGAAAUGGCCCCACUCCUCCUGAAAGGUCUCCUGGUUUGGCGAAGAUUUUUGGGAAGGAUUUGAACCUUGGCCGGCCUUCAGCAGUGCCAGCGGUUGGUGUAUCUAAGGUAGAUGAACGGUCAUGGGAACAGAGGGGUGCUGCUGGUGGUGGGACCUCAUUGCUUCCCAAUGUCCAGAAAGGAUUGCAGAAUUUCACUUGGAGUCAGGCUCGGGGCCUGAAUUCUCAUCAACAGAAGUUUGGCAAUGGUGUGCUGAUUGUGAGCAAUGAAGCUGCACACCGCAACAAUGGAGCUGCGGACAGCCCUAGUGCAACGCAGUUUCAGCUUCAAAAGGCGCCUCAGCUUCAGAAACUGCAGCUCCAGAAAUUGCCGCAUAUUCAGAAAACACCACAGCUAGUGAACCAGCAGCCGCUGCAGCCACAGGUACCUAGGCAAAUUGAUUUCAGUGCCGGGAGCAGCUCCAAGUCUGGAGUUCUGGUUACAAGAGCAGCUGUUCUGGAUGGGGAGAGUGCAGAGGUGGAUGGCCUGUGUAAAGAGGAAGGCCCGCCACCUGUCAUAGAGGACCGGCGGCCAAGGAAGAGGGGAAGAAAGCCUGCAAACGGUAGGGAAGAACCACUUAACCAUGUUGAGGCUGAGCGCCAGAGGAGGGAGAAGCUCAACCAGCGGUUCUACGCGCUCAGAGCUGUUGUCCCAAACAUAUCAAAAAUGGACAAGGCGUCCCUGCUGGGUGAUGCGAUAACAUACAUCACUGACCUCCAGAAGAAGCUGAAAGAUAUGGAGACGGAGAGAGAAAGGCUUUUGGAGUCAGGUAUGGUGGAUCCGAGGGAGCGGGCGCCUAGGCCGGAGGUGGACAUCCAGGUGGUGCAGGAUGAGGUUCUUGUUCGAGUGAUGUCUCCCAUGGAGAGCCAUCCAGUCAAGAAAGUCUUCCAAGCGUUUGAGGAGGCAGAAGUCCGCGUUGGUGAGUCGAAGGUGACUGGCAACAACAACGGGACAGUGGUGCAUUCCUUCAUCAUCAAGUGCCCUGGCACUGAGCAGCAGACGAGGGAGAAAGUGAUUGCGGCGAUGUCUCGUGCGAUGAGCAGUUGAGCAGAGCUUAGGACCAGAUUGGCGUGGAAGGGGGUGUCUGUGUACCAUGUUGCUUGCAAACAAGCAGCAGCAGCCCUUGACAUGUCCCGUUGUCGAUAGGAGGAGAGUUGUAGGUGGAGAAAGGAAACUUCAGAUUCUGACUUUUAGCGAUGCAGGAAGAGGGGAAACAAAGGCUCUGCCGCUGUUUAGUAGAUUUCUUGUGGUGGUCUGCGUAGUUUUCUCUUUUUAAUGUUUUUUGGGGGGAUGGGGACGGAAUCAUGGAAUGGGGAUGGAUACUGUGUUCCUAGUGUAAGGUUGAUGAUGCAGCAGAACAAUAAACAGCAGUACAUGUUUUUUCUCUUGUCAUGAAUGAGUGGGAAAUCUUAAUUUCAUUUUUCUUA